GAAGUCUUCUUCCAAUUAGAUGUCAUGAUAGGAUUAUCCAUGUAUAAGGCGUGUGUUCCGAUACUGUGAAAACGUUGUGCGACGCCGAGUCAAGGAUCCAUACGAAAUCGGACCUCUUUGUUACAGUAUGGGGUUGGCUGGAGAUGGCAGCAAAGUGCAGCGUUCAGAAGCCAUGCAGAGGGCUCGGGACAUUCUCGGAGAACACUCUUUGGAGAAUUUUACUUCUUGACAGUGUUGAACCACAGGUUAAAACUGCUUUGUUGCGUCGGGCCACCGAAAGCGAUUUCAACAGUCUUCACACCGAAUUGGCAUCAUUCGAAAGCGACUCGGGGUCACUAGAGGCAGACCAAGUGUCUCUACUCAUGUGGAACGUAUUAUAUAGAAUGCGUCGAGCCAAGCUCAUCACUACUAAUGGUUGGCUGGGUAUGGUUCCACGAGAUACUCAAAUUGGGGAUGAAAUAUAUGUUUUAGCAGGUGGAAGGAUACCCUUCGUCUUACGACCUUCGCAAGAAAAGUUUUCCCCGUCCGGUUCAUCGAAUUCUCAACGUUCCUGUCACACGUUGGUGAGAGAAUGUUAUCUCGAUGGAUCCAUGGAUGGAGAGCUGUCGGUUAAGUUGAGAAGUGAAGCUGUCGAUGUCUUCAUCGUCUAAAUAAUCAACUUCUGAAAAGCCUUUUGAUACAAACGUGAG